UGCAGAUUGUUCCCUGUUCAGCCUCUAGAGGGCGGACCGCGUACUGAACACACAUCCGGGCACUUGACCCCCAGCUCCCCCCCAUUUCUCCGGAAGAAAAUCCUCAUCGCUCCCUUUUGCUUCCUCUUUCCGUCAACGGAGUUUAGGCCGCAAUGGGACGUGUGAUCAGGGGACAGAGAAAAGGUGCGGGCUCCGUCUUUAAAGCCCAUGUCAAGCACAGAAAAGGUGCUGCUAAACUCCGUCAUAUUGACUUUGCUGAACGCCAUGGCUACAUCAAGGGGAUUGUGAAGGACAUUAUUCAUGACCCCGGCCGUGGAGCUCCUCUUGCUAAGGUGGUGUUCCGUGACCCAUACCGCUUCAAGAAGAGGACAGAACUGUUCAUUGCAGCUGAAGGCAUCCACACUGGGCAGUUCAUCUACUGCGGCAAGAAAGCCCAGCUGAACAUUGGCAAUGUGCUGCCCGUUGGCACCAUGCCUGAGGGUACCAUUGUCUGCUGUCUGGAAGAGAAACCCGGAGACAGGGGCAAGCUCGCUCGUGCAUCUGGAAACUACGCCACAGUCAUCUCCCACAACCCUGAGACCAAGAAAUCCAGAGUCAAGCUUCCAUCUGGAUCCAAGAAGGUCAUCUCUUCUGCAAACAGAGCUGUUGUUGGUGUUGUUGCUGGUGGUGGUCGUAUUGACAAACCCAUCCUGAAGGCAGGACGUGCAUACCACAAGUACAAGGCCAAGAGGAACUGCUGGCCUCGUGUCCGUGGUGUGGCCAUGAAUCCUGUUGAGCAUCCCUUCGGUGGUGGUAACCAUCAGCAUAUUGGCAAGCCCUCAACAAUCAGGAGGGACGCGCCCGCUGGACGCAAGGUCGGUCUCAUCGCUGCCCGUCGUACUGGCAGACUGCGUGGAACAAAGACUGUCCAGGACAAAGAAAACUAAUGUGUAUCUUCAUAAUAAAAUGUGUCCCAACAAA